UUGCCGAAAAGUCUUCUGCUAAACGAGAUUCUGCUUAUUUACUCGCCGUAUGUAAAAAUUGUACACAAAUAUAGUUAUUGUGGUUGCAAAUAACUUUCUCAACAUGGCAACAUUAAGAAAUUUGACGCCGAAAUUUUUUCUUAAUCCCAUUGAAUCCCUAAUCAAAGUCAGCACUACUCUCUCAGUACCUUGUCGUUAUGCCUCUAAAAAAACGGCUGGCGCUGGAAAUAAAAAUGCUGGAAAUGCUAGAGCCAAACAUAGGGGCUGGAAGAGACAAGAUGGUGCCAUAGUAACAGCAGGAACUAUCUUGGCUACUCAAAAUAAAACGCGUUGGCAUCCUGGUCUCAAUGUUGGAUUUGGAAAAAAUGGUACUUUGCAUGCACUGGUUUCGGGUAAAGUAGUUGUAACAUGUGAAAAAAUUGAUCCAAACUGGGAUCAUACAUGGAUUCAAAGAAAUUAUGGUGAGGAGAGGAAAAAUCAAGUGAUUUACAAAAAACAUUGGAAUGUCAUUCCAGAACCUCAACAUAGAACAUUCAAAUUAUUGGAUAAAAUAUAAUGUGAGGCUUCUGGCAAUGUUGUAAAAUUUAAUAUAUUUUCUAAGUUUAAUAAAUGUAAUGUGUUUAGUCUUUGUACAAUUG